AGUCAUGUCAUCCUGAUUUCCCAUUUUCUUUUCCCUUGGCCCUUGGACUGCCUCGCUCACCUCACCACCUUCACUUUAUUCUUCUCCCACGCCUAAUACCUCUUUCUUUGUGAGGACCCCUUCCGCGCUGCCAUUGUUUGGUAGCCAGUCACUCGCUCUCUUGUUUUGCCGCUACUUCGAAUUGACAAACGCGCACCCCCAAACGACGAUCCCCUCCCUGUCCCCCAACCUUGGAAACGGCCUCUCCUCGUAUUCGAUUCGAUCCCUUGUUUUUCUGUGAACGAGACGCGCGACGACCACCAGUGCCAGAUCGCAACCCAUGAUGCACGUCUGCCCAUCGCACCUAGCUGCCUGAGGCCUCUCGCCCCCCUCCCUUUGUGCCUGUGCGAGUACGCGCCUACACGCUGCUGGGGAGAUCGCACAUUCGUGAUGGCGACUGUUCCGCUUGCUGCUGAGCCCUGUUGCCUCCACUGUCCGCGUUGCCAAGAUCGACCCAAUGUCGUCGCCCCCUCGACAAUGACCGAACCGCAAGCACAGCUGCGCAGAACGAAUGAUGGCCCAUCGUCGAUGACCGGCUCGCGUCUGGAGUCGGGGCGUCGACAGAGCGACUCGUCGCAGCGAAAACAACGACCGUGGGCAAUACCUCUACCUUCAACAUUGAUAUUUUCUAUAAUACUGGCUUUUUCUGCCAUCACACCUAUUAAAGCGGUUCAAAUACCAUUUGAGAACUGCUUGCCCGACUCAUAUCGACUUAAUGAUCCACCACCUUUACAAUGGAACCCUUUAUAUGUUGAUGCCGUAUUCGACACCCAGGAUGACAGCCACAAUCUCAGGGUAGUUAUCUGGGGGAACGUCUCUGGAUCACGCACCAAUCGUGAAUUGCCACCACCCGACAGUCCUUAUUGGCGAGACCCUGAGCAGACCGACGGCAAGAUCAUCCAGAAUCCCGAACCGGACGCGGCCAAACCCAAGGCGACGACACUAUAUUCGCGUGUGAAUGUCCUCACGUUUGAGCCAUGGAGCCAUGUGUCGGACUUUUGCAAUGACGGAUUGACGAAUCUGCAGUGUCCCCUCGGGCCUGUCUUCAACACGAGCAACAUCGAUCUGCAAGAUCUUCCAGCGGUCAACCUCAGCCACGACUUUUUCGAUUCCUACGCCUUUUCCACCUUCUCGACCACGAUUCUGAUUAUUAAUGGUGAUUCAGCGGCCACCGACAUUGGAUGCAUCUCCGCCAACAUCACGCCUGACAUGGGAGGCUAUGCGCAACUACUUCGAUUCCUGCCGCUGCUCAUCCUCCUGUUGACCGGCUUUGCCGUCAUUUUCGCCGCGAUAUGGAGCCCUUGGGGCAGCACGGAUGUCUUCCACUGGACGUCGAAUUAUGGCCGAGACGCUGAUCUCCUGCGCCUGGUCACGCCUGGUUUCGGCGACUGUCUUCAGUACAUCCAGUUCAUUGUGCUGACCGGGGGCCUGAGCCUGAACUAUCCGGGCUUUUACCAGCCGAUUGUCAGCCAGGCUUCCUGGUCAUCUCUCAUCUUCAACCAGAGCUUUGUGACCAACACCGAGCCCUGGCAAAGCGUCGUGGACGGGAUCUAUGUGAAGAAUGGGACAUAUGGCCUCGAAGAGAUUGGGCAGUUGGUUGGAAUUGCGAAACCCGAGGAUAUCUGGGCCGGUAUGAUGGUGUGGCUUCUCGUCAUCAUCGCUGCCGUCUCGGUGUUUGCGCAAAUCGGCUUUCUGAUUCAGUGGGUGGUCAGGACCCUCUCAGGCACUCCAGAGGAGGAUCUUCGGUCGAAGAACGUGCCUUUCUCCGUCGGCAACGUCAUUCGCAUCGUCUACAACUACUUUUUGCUCCCCAUCAUCUCACUUUCGGCCUUCCAGCUCGUCAUUGCUGAGCGCUCACCAGCUUACACCAUUGGGCUGGCCGUUGUCACAAUCGUCUUUCUCAUUGUGCCUGCGGCCUGGACGCUUCGACUGAUCAUCAAGACGCGACCCAAGUCUGUUCUCUUUGACGAUCUACCCAAUGUGCUACGUUACGGCCCACUGUACAACACAUACUCGGACCACUCUGCUGCUUUUGCUCUCAUCCCAGUUCUGCUGACGUUCAUUCGCGGCAUUGCCAUUGGUGCUGUGCAAGCCAGUGGUAUUGCACAGGUCAUCUUGCUGGCGAUCUGUGAGGUCAUUCAGGUUCUCACGAUCCACGCCUUUCGACCCUUCAAUCCUCCGACAUCGAUGAACGCGUAUCACACAGUAUUCUCGACCAUGCGCUUCUUUACCGUCAUGCUCAUGGUCGCCUUUGCGCCCAAUCUCGGCGUCACCGAUGGACCAAAGGGGUGGAUCGGAUAUGUGAUUCUCCUGCUUCAUGCGGUGGUUCUGGUUCUGGGCUUUUUCAUCAACGCCCUCCAGACAAUCGUCGAGGUUGUCGCAUUGAUGCUCGGUGCAGGGGGCGACGACGACCGUGGCCUUACAAGAGGGGGCCUGUCCAAGAUCUUUGGUAUGCGCCAGCUCGCUCGUCGCGGGACGCCAAGGAACGGCCCGUCACGCGCAAGUCAACUAUCGACUUCAGCCAUGUUGGACAUGGAGGAUGGUACCAAGACGGGAUACUCAAUGCCCAGCGGGCGCGUGCGAAGCUCCUCUGGGGCCAGCCUCGGUGGCAUGCUGGGCCCUCCACGCCAGCGAGACAGUUCCGUCUUGGACAGCGUCGACAUGUACUCAGCAGGGCAUGGUCGUGCGCACCGACAUGUCGACAGCGGCAGCUCGGUGGCGUUGGAUACGCCCGGCGGCACAACGUCGAUAUUUUCUUUCCUCACCUCGCCGACUGCGGCUCGAUCACAGAACCCGGGCUUACAUAUUGAGGCGGCCGAUCCUUAUUAUCGACCGCCCCGCAGGCGGCAGGGUACGCUCAGCACCGAGCUAGAAAACCCAACGGCUGCAUAUGAUGCGGCAGCCGGCGACACAGCCCGUACGAUGGCGCCUCCUGGUGCGUCAGGCGAAGAAGCAGAGGGUGCGGCCGCUGCAGGGGCCGGCGGUGGCGCUGUAACAGGUCUUGGCAUUGGAGCUGAUAUUUCACGGAAUCCGACGCCUGCACCAGGUGCUGCUAACCCUGCAAACGCCCUCCCCAACCGGCCAGACUACUCAACACGCGAGGUCGACUUUUACUAUGGCGUACGCGGGCCCGCGCUCAACUCCGAUGGACCUGGUCGGAAAUUGGGGACUGGCCCCGCCGAUCCAACGGGUCCCGUGGCCACGGCUACUGGCUGGUUCAGGGGACUCUUGGGUGGUAAGACAAAGGAGAAGGGCAAGGGCUUCGAAGUGGUACGAAGUGCCCGCAUGCCACCCGACAUGAUGGCACGAAAUGGGGCCUUUGGCGAUGAGACACCCCCAGAAGGUAUUCCUGUGGCAAUGGGCGUCCUUCGUAACGGACCCAUCGACUCGGAUGAUGACGAGCCCCAGCCUAAAGCAUCACCCAAACGCUCCCCGAAGCGUAAACCAGGGGACCUGCUCACAGAGGCCGGAGAGCCAAGGGGUCCGGAUGACGACGAACCUGACAGCCCUGUGAUGGAGCGUCUCCCACGCGGAUCCAUGCCUCCCGAACCUCGCGCAGAAACCGAAGCGCGCUCCGAUCUCCCGGGGCCUGAAAUCCCCCGCAAGAGCUCGAAACGCAACUCUGCGCUGAUAGACUCCUCUCGAUCUGCGACAACUUCUGCCUCGCGCCCGCGAUCCCCGGAGCGCCCGACCCAGUCGCAAGGGCCGCCACUUCUCGCACGACUGCCGUUUGAGCGAACGGCAUCGCAGAGACGGCUGUCGUCCCACGCCUCGUCCGACUUCAACAUUGACCUCUCGCGCCAUCCGAGCUCGCGUCGCACAGGGGAGCGGCCAGCUAGUUUUGGCAUGGUGUCGCAGCACAACAUCAACCGCGUGGACCCUGAGCUCAAGGAGGCGGACUUGGUCGGGGCAUCGGCCGAGGUGGUCGAUGAGCGGUCCAGUUCCAGACAAACAUGAUGCUUUUCUUCGACUGCACCCUCAUUCUGUGGCACAGAACUGGGGCUGUUUGCCAUGGUAUAAUACUCGAGGCCCUUGUAUCAUAGGGGCGUGCAUAUUUGGGACUUGUUUGGGAUUUACAUCACUAUCUCUGCGAUCAGACUUUUGAUUUUCAUUGCAUGGGUUGUUAUUAUGUACACACACUCACUCGCCAUUAGCGACGGCGUAACACCAAAAAUGCCUGGGUCGACAAUGGGGAUGGGAGCUGACUGACUUGGGAAUCUUGGGGACAGCAAAGCAAAUAGAUAAUCAGGAUAUAUCGUGGGUAACGGGGGCCAAAGUCCUCGGCUUAUGAACAAUAUGAAAUGCAUACAUUCAUUACAUCAAA